AUGGCUUGUUUACGCAUUCCGAUCGCCACUUGCCGCUCCCUUGAAUCAACCAUGGCAAAUUUCUGGUGGGGAAUUAAUGACAACAAUCGCCCCAAAACCCACUGGCAAAGCUGGAAAAAGCUCUGUCGUCCCAAGAAGGAUGGCGGGCUUGGUUUUCGUUCCUUGGUCCACUUCAAUCAGGCUAUGCUUGCUAAGCAAGCCUGGCGCAUCUUAAAGCAAUCAAACUCUACUGUGUCUAGAAUUUUAUCUGCCCGAUACUACCCUCAGUCCUCCUUCCUUAGUAGCUCCACGGGGCAUUCUCCGUCUUUCGUUUGGCGUAGCAUUUGCUGGGGAAAAGAGUUGCUCCGCAAAGGCCUUAUCUCCGAAAUUGGCAAUGGACAGAACACUUGCACCACUACAGAUCAUUGA